AUGACCCUUCCUAGAAUUCCUCAUUUGCUUCCAAUCCCUUUUCGGUUCCCUCGGGAUCGAUCGAAUUCCGUGGAUACGCAUUUUUAUCGAGCGGUCUAUCUUCAUGGAGAAGAGAGUAGUUCACGUGGAAUAUCUUCAACAGCUUCUUCAUCGCCUAUGAAUACUAUGGUGCAGCCCAGUACACCUCCGCAUUCUCCCAUGAACAUCCGCCCACAAGGCAUCCCAACAUCUUCAAACAGCAUUUUAAUGAAAAUUCUAGUCAAUAAUGACGGGAGCUCUUCUCGUGAUACUAACUCCAAAUACCUCGAAUAUGUCAAAUCGACAAAUAAAAAAUCUAAGUCAGAUGAUUCUAUUGAUCGGAGAAUUAUGCCUCCACCAACUAUGAGUUCACGGCGCUACAGCUUCGGUGGAGAGGCAUAUAGAAGCUAUGCUCAACGUAGAAUAGAAUUAACGACGCAACAGAACAAAACUGAAAGGGCAUCGACUAUGCCAAGUGGUAGUUCCAGACUCCCAGAUUCUCCAAUCUUGUACAGUUUGAUCAGCUCCCUCUCCACUAACUCACCUCCUGAAUCAUUUCGGAGCCAGGAUUCUGUAUCUGAACUUCCUCUAGACUUAACUCCUCGGAAUGUAGUAGUUGAAUAUGUACAUUUAGCGAAAAAAGUUGCUCAAACCGUUCAAGCAAAAGUGACCACCUAUAUACGCUGGUCAGCGGAAUAUGUUUUCACCUACAGAAUACCCUCCAUGAAUUGGUACUUCGUAUUUAAGUCAGUUUGGCAUCGGCUCCUCAUCGUCUGUAUGGCAGAACAUGGAUUGGACAUUGUCUACGUUGUAUCCAAACAAGUUUUUGAGACCCUCUCUACUGGUGAACCUGUUUUGCCAUGGAUCGGUAUUUCCAGAGAUGCUGCGGACAUAAGUCCAACAAGAACUUUUGCCGAAAAAGUUAUCGACUGCAUAGAAUCUCUGCGGAAGUUAAGAAUGACUACUGAAGAUUAUCGAGACCUCAGGGAUAUCAUUCUUUUUACCUCAAAUCAUCGGUCCAGUUUGACGGAACGAGUGGUGAAGACACUUCACGAACGAUGGAUGAAUACCCGACCUCAUUUUGGAAGUGACUCUCGAGAAAUAGCAGCCCUCAGGAGUGCUAUUCAAAAACUGGAAGAACUGAAAGCUGGUCCGACUGCAGGGCUUUUAUGCAGUCAUCUCCGAGGCGAGGGUAGUAAAGAUCUCAUUCUUUCUAAGAAAAUGCUGAAUUCGAUUAGAGACAUUGAUGGCAGUAUCCUUGGAAGUCUCAUUUGCGAUCCUCCUGAUCUACGAGCAGCACCAUUCCUUAUGAAUUACCUCAAAGUUUAUGAGCAUAAACGGGGUUCAUUACCUCCACGCUAA